UGCCCAACAGUCCCAGCCCAAGAUUGUGGCAUCAGCACAUUCCAGCAGCUCGGAGUCAGGGAGCGCCAGUGACUCAGACAGCUCUUCAGACUCAGAGGCAAGCGACAGUGAAGCCAAGGAGCCUUCAAGAGCAUCAGCGCCUGAGCCUGACCCACCAACUUCUAGUAAAUGGCAGCUUGACAAUUGGCUAACCAAGGUGAACCCACCAGCAGUGCCAACAGAGAGUCUCCAUGAAAUUGCCCACGGGGAUAGACAUGAGAAGAGCAAGGAGCAGGGAAUCAGCAGCAGUUCCUCCCACCAGCAUGCUAAGCCAAGGGAGCCCAAUGACAAGAGCUCAGGCCAAGUGGCCAAGGCUCCUCAGGAUACUUGUCUUCCAACCAAACACAACUGGCAGAAGUCUUCCAUGUGCGCUGAGGAAACCUCGCUCGGGCAGACUGUGGAUACCAAAAAGCCCAGCAAGGCCCCGAUGCAUGAGGAGCCCAAGGGAGGCCUGAAGGUGAAGAGUGACCCUGAUCCUUUCAAGGUCAGAGACCAGUCUUCCAAAGACAAGCCAAAAGCCAAACCAAAAGAGAAGCCAAAAUCCAGUGACAAAAAAGACCCGAAGCCAGCACUGCAACAGGACCACAAGAACAAAAAGCACAAUACCUCUCACACGGCCACCGCCAAACACAUCUUAGACCCCAAGCUCAGGAGAGACAUUUUGCCUGGCAGUACCCAGGAGCAUGUUGCUUUCAACCCUCCUCCUCCAAGCCAGGACACAACCCCCACCAGCACUAGUAGCCACAAGCCUGCCAUCGUGGCUAAAAAGGAUUCUGACAAGGAGAAACUUCCCUUGCCUAUCAAGGAGAAGUCACUCUCACCAGUGAAGGACUCCCCUGACCUUGUAGUGAAAAUAAAGCUCCCAUUCCUGUCAAGAGUCCCCCAGCCCCCUGGGGAAGGCAGUCAGCAGAAGACAGCAGAGGCUAAGGAAGUCUCUGGUGCAAGGAAGCAGGACUUGGAGAGGAAAAUCACGGACAUUCCCAACAAAUCCCUUCAAAAGAAGAAGAGGAAAGCAGAGGAGGAGGAGAUGAAUAGGAAGAAAAUGAAAUCAGAGAAAGAAACAAAAUCAUUGAAAUCUUCAGCUAAGAAAGACUCCAAUAAACUGAAGUGAUCAAAAGCUUCAUCUGAAUCCCAGAAGAAAGAUUUUCUACCCCCACUACCCCCAGCAGUGUCUCCUGCGCAUCCUGCACCAAAGUCAACCAAGGUGGCCCAAAAGAGACCCAGAAGUGAGAGUGACGAGCCAACUGCCAUGGAUAACACUGCCAAGAAUAAGAGCAACGACAAGGAUCCUUUGAUCUCCAAACACUGCAAAUUGGAGAGUAAUCCAGCUGAACCAUCAAAGGAUAUCAAAGAAUCUGAUGGACAUGUCACAAAACCUUUCUCAGUGCCUUCUUUGCCAAAUGGUACCUCCAAGCCAAAGAGACCUCGACUCAAGUUUAAAAGGUAAUAUCCAGCGGAAUACUACCUAGAAGAGGCCAGGAGGCUGAAACACAGAGCUGAUGCAAUGACUGACAAGACUGCGAAAGCCUAUCGGUACCUAGAAGCUGCCCUGUUCUUCAUUGAGUAUGGAAUUGCCUUGGAAUCGGACGCACAGAAAUCCACUUACAAAAUAUUCCAGGACACCAUAGAUUUCGUCAAAUUCAUCAUGACAUUGAAAUACUGUAUGAGCUCCUCAUCAUCUUCACAUGAGGAAAUCUUUACCGUGUUAUGCAUGCGCUGCCAGUCCCUUCUGCACAUGACAAUGUUCCGUGACAAAAAAGAGAUUGCAGUAAAGUAUUCCAGGAUUCUGAAUGACCACUUCAAGAGAUUUUCCACAAAAGCACCUUCUCCAUUUGUUGCAAGAAGCACAGGCAUGCCUUCUCCUUUUUCUCCCGUGCCCUCUCCUGCCAGUUCUCAGCCCGAAUCAAAUGCUAGCAACUACAGUGGCAACAGCAUGUACUCUCCAAACACGGUCCCCUGUAAUAUCCCAGACAUCACCUACUCCUAUGUCAACAUCACUUCCCAUGUCCUCUCUGCACUUGAUAAUUGGGAACAAGCUGAUGCACUAAUCCUGAAGCAUAAGAAGUUUUUUGCGGAUCUCGACGCAGCGUCGGACGAGCUGUCACUGAACAGUAGCUUGAUCAGACUGGUCCACUACGUUAGACAGGGUUUACACUGGCUGAAACUGGAAAGAAAAAUGCCUUAA